GCGCUUUUCAGGCGCGGGUGCCGGGUCCGCAGCUCGUCUUUGGGUCCCUGAGGCCCCUUUAGCUACCAGGCUGGGCUUGCCUCGCCCGGCGAGGAAAAGAAGACUCUCUUUGGGAUGGCGGUGACGCUGCAAGAGCCUUCCUGCAAGGACAGGCACCCUGACGGAUCUCUGACAACGGAGGGGACAGGAGACCGGACCAUACGCGAGAUGCACCUGUCCAUUGAGUGCAUGGAUUCAUUUAGCAAGCGUUUGUUGGCCGGGAGCUGUUUCAGCCGUUAGGGAGACAAGAGGGAACAAGGACCCCAAGAUCAUGACCUGAGCCGAAGUCAGCCACUUAACCAACGGAGCCACCCAGGUGCCCCUAAACUUUAGCAAUUCUUAUUCCUGAAGCAUCGAUUUUGUGUGAAGGCUAGACAGAUCUUUCACAUAUAUCCAGUAUAGCUGGUUUAAAAGCUUGUCUGGUGUUACUGAAGAAACAUCUUACAGAUUUGUCGCAUUUCUGAGAUUAAUAUUUACAGUUUGGAGUUGUCAGCUUUCUCAUGAGAUAUGUUUUGGCAGUCCCAAUGGUCCCAAUGAAAGCUUUCUUUGACAUUUUAGAACAAUUAUACAAGAAGGUACUUCUGGGAGCCACACUUGAAAAUGAGAGCCAUGAUUACAUCUUUUAUCUCAACCCAGCAUCUUUAGAUCUAGAUUGCUCUACAACUACCUCUUCAGAAUGCUCAAACCACCAUGAUGUCCAGGGCAGGCAUCAGCCAUCCUCUGCCAAUUUGGCUUCCAUUUCUGUAGUGCCUGUGCGUUUGAAGAAACACUCGCCAAUAUUCAGUGCCCGAGAAAUAACGCUCCUUCAGUUAACAGUAAUCAAAGUGAUGAUAACCAGAAUAUUGUCUGCCGAAACGGACUCCCAUGCAAAGGAGAAAUACAGAGAUGUAAUUAAAAUUCUUCUAAAAUCAUCUGACAUCGAUUCUAAAUUAACCUGUUUGUUCCAAAACUCGGAUAAAUUGUUAUGUCACAUGGCUGCAAAGUGCCUUGCGCUACUUCUGUAUUUCCAACUGAGGGAAAAGAUAACAUUGAGUAAUUCCUGGGUUGCUUUUUGCCAAAAAAAUCUCUCUGAAUACCCUGAAAAUGAGAAGGUGGUAUAUUGCCUCUGGACCCUUACUGUUAUAAUAAAAGAAAUCUUUAAAGAUACAUGUUCACAAAAAACAGAAAUUUUAAAGCAGUUCCUGACUCCUUUUGAUACUAUUUUUCAAGUUUUUUACACUUCCUUAUUUUCUCUGCAUUUCAAGAGCUGUCAAGACACCUCUAAAAUAAUAAACAGCAUGAUAUGUUCCCUGGAAUUGCUUGAACUUCUUAUAGCUUCCAGAAUCCAUCUGAAACUACAUUUCACUUGCCAGAGGAUUUUAUUUUUGAAACCUUCUUGUGUGCUAGAUGUCAUUACCUGGCCUGUUGAGGCUUUUGUCAAAAGGAAGUUCAUCAUAUUCAUCAAAAAGUGCCUUCUCUGGAAAGUGGGUGAAGACCUUUGUUGGGGAUCUGGCCCUGCCCUGAUGCCACCAGACCAGCAUUUAGAUGUAGACAUGUUGGCUUUAGCGGAUGCUGUUUUGCAAGCUGUGGAUUUGGGUUUAUUGAAGACGUUGUCUGUCCGUGGAAAACCUCCCUGCUUUGGUGGAGAUGAAGUUCAACCUGCAUGUGAGUGUGUCCAUGGUCCAGAUCACGUGAUUCUCAGAGCAGCAAGCCUACUUAUCAUUAAAUCCUUAGAAAUCAAGUUUCAAAGUUGUGCUUCAGCAAAUGAAAUAAAAGUUGAUUUACAGAGUUUCAUGUCUGAGUUAUUGACAUUCUUAAAGCCUCAUCUUCAGCCCUCUCUUCAGUCACACAAUCCAUGUGAGUGGAUCUCCAGGGUCUUCAUAGAACAAGAUGAUGACAUGCUGGAGGCCGCCAAAGCAUCACUGGGCAUCUACCUAAAGUUGACCAGACAGUGUAAAGCUACUGAAGGCUUGACCCAAGAAAAAGAAAUGUGGAACCAUCACACACAUAAAUAUGGCUACAAUCCACACUGUAUUUUCUUAUUCUUAUUGAAAAAUAUAGGAUUUGAUUCUUCAGUUCUUCUUGACUUUUUGAUUUCAUCAGAAACCUGUUUCCUUGAAUAUUUUGUUAGAUAUUUAAAAUUACUGCAAAAAGAUGGGGCUAGUUUUUUCACAAUUUGCAAAUAUUUUGAUGUAACCGAACUUAAAGAUAGCAUAAAUAUUUGUGGUUGUAGCUCCUCACUUGUCCAAGACCGAAGCAGCAACCAAACUGAACUUAGCCUUUGGGCUGCUCUUGGUAGUCACAGAAAUGCCCACGCUUCAGUCCCCUGGGCUUCCAAUGCUUCUGGACCUCUGAACCAGCCUGUGAUGUCCAAGGAACCCCACGUCACGCUCCAGGCUGCUGCUGGUCUGUCUCCCCCACAAGCUUCUCAAAGUCUGGUAGAUUAUGACAGCUCUGAUGAUUCUGAAGUAGAAGUCACAGACCAGCACUCAACAAACAGUAAACAAACAUCUUUACAGCAAGAAGCAAAGAAGAAAUUUCAGGACACAGUUAGAACAGGUCCAGAUGAAAAAGAACUUAGCAUGGAGCCUCAAUCAAGGCCUCUGGUUCCAGAACAAUCUAAUAUUAAUAUUCCCUUCUCUGUUGACUGUGACAUCUCCAAAGUAGGAAUAUCUUACAGGACACUGAAGUGCUUUCAGGAGCUACAGGGUGCCAUUUACCGUUUGCAGAAAAAAAAUCUUUUCCCCUAUAAUGCCACAGCACUUUUGAAGUUGUUAAAACAUACUGAGUCAAUAUAUAAUGAGAGCAUGAACUCUUUGUAAAACAGUAGCAUUUUGUUACCAGGAACUGUUUUUUCCUGCUAUAAAUUAUGCCUUAAUGAGAUAAUAGUAAAUUAAAUAAAUAAAUAAAUAAAUGUACUCGCUAAAUCAA